UCUAAACGAACUAGUACUCGUUGAAAAAUUAGUACAAUUUACAAGAAGCAGUUUUGAUUUUCGUAAAAUUCGAAUUGUUCACAAUUAAAUUUCGGCUAAAAUUAUGAACAACCGAAAAUCAAAAUUGCUGCAAUCACUGGAGGAUUCUAUGCAGCCUCUCGACGAAGAGGACGUUGUCCGCCUGCUUGCCCAUCAGAUCCGCCAGCCAUUAAGCGAUCCCAUCGAAAUCAGUCGGGAAAAGAAUGCGGAUCUGAGUAUCCUGCAUCUGGAGGAUGCCAUUAAGUUCAGGGAAUCGAUGGAACACUUUAAUAUAUCGCCCACCGCGGAAACCAUAGACGAAGUGAUGCCGGUGAAGGAUCAGCAUCUUGGCGAAAUGUUAGAGGUUCUCAACGAUCUUGAUGAUGACGACGAUGGUGAAGAGGAGUACGAAGGCGAUUAUGAGGAAGACGACGAUGCUGAAGAUGAAGAUGCCGAAGAGAACCAUGAAAAAGAUAAAACAACUCCAGGGAGCGAUUUGAAUAAUUUGGAUCCCAUAAAACCAUUAUUUUAAAUCUAGGGUUAAACUAUUUUAUAGUAUUGAACUAUUGGAGAAAAUUGAGUAAAAGAUCUUUAAAUUUA